GUGGCGGCGGGGGCAGGGCGCGCUGGGGCUGACUUGUCCCUCGGAGGCCGCCGUCGCGCUCACGUGAGCGGCAUCACAUGACGGCGGCGGCAGCGGCUGUGGGGCUGUAGCGGAGAGCGGCGGAGCGGAGCGCAGCGCAGCGCUGGGGCCUUCGGGUGUGCGGGCUCCCCGGGGCUGCCGAGGGGCCUCCCGCAGCCCUCUGCCUCCCGCAGCCCUCGUCCGCCGGCGUGCCUGCGGGGUACGUUUUAAUUAUCACUUAAGAUGGAUAUCCGAGGUGCUGUAGAUGCUGCUGUCCCAACAAACAUCAUUGCUGCCAAAGCUGCUGAAGUUCGGGCAAACAAAGUAAACUGGCAGUCAUAUCUCCAAGGGCAGAUGAUUUCAGGUGAAGACUGUGAAUUUAUUCAAAGAUUUGAACAGAAAAGAAAUCCAGAAGAAAAACAGGAGUUGUUGCAAACAGAAGGCAAUCAAUGUGCUAAAACAUUUAUAAACUUGAUGACUCAUAUCUCCAAGGAACAGACAGUUCAGUACAUUCUGACUAUGGUUGAUGAUAUGCUGCAAGAAAAUCAUCAGCGUGUUUGUAUCUUCUUUGACUAUGCAAAGCGUGGUAAAAACACUGCAUGGUCCUAUUUUCUGCCAAUGUUGAAUCGACAAGAUCUUUUCACUGUGCAUAUGGCAGCAAGAAUUAUUGCCAAACUGGCUGCUUGGGGGAGGGAACUUAUGGAAGGCAGUGACUUGAAUUACUAUUUCAACUGGAUUAAAACUCAGCUCAGUUCACAGAAACUACGUGGUACAGGGACUUCUGUGGAAACAGGAGCAGUCUCCACAAGUGAUAGUUCCCAGUAUGUACAGUGUGUUGCUGGAUGUCUGCAGCUGAUGCUCAGGGUCAAUGAAUAUCGCUUUGCGUGGGUAGAAGCAGAUGGAGUAAAUUGUAUCAUGGGGGUCUUGAGCAACAAAUGCGGCUUCCAGCUCCAGUAUCAGAUGAUUUUCUGUGUGUGGCUGCUGGCAUUUAGCCCUCAAAUGUGUGAAUAUCUCCGUCGGUACAAUAUUGUUCCAGUGCUGUCGGAUAUUCUUCAGGAAUCUGUCAAAGAGAAAGUAACUAGAAUCAUCCUUGCAGCAUUUCGGAAUUUGUUAGAGAAAUCUACUGAGAGAGAAACUCGCCAAGAAUAUGCUCUUGCCAUGAUUCAGUGUAAAGUUUUAAAGCAGCUAGAGAAUUUGGAUCAGCAGAAAUAUGAUGAUGAAGACAUAAGUGAAGAUAUCAAAUUUCUACUGGACAAGCUUGGUGAGAGUGUGCAAGACCUUAGUUCCUUCGAUGAAUAUAGUUCUGAGCUCAAGUCAGGAAGGCUGGAGUGGAGUCCUGUACACAAGUCUGAGAAGUUUUGGCGGGAGAAUGCUGUAAGACUAAAUGAGAAGAAUUAUGAACUACUCAAAAUCCUGACAAAACUUCUGGAGGUUUCGGAUGACCCACAAGUGCUUGCUGUAGCUGCUCAUGAUGUGGGAGAAUAUGUACGACACUAUCCCCGUGGGAAACGAGUGAUUGAACAACUUGGUGGUAAACAGCUGGUGAUGAACCACAUGCAUCAUGAAGACCAACAAGUUCGUUAUAAUGCGCUACUGGCUGUGCAGAAGCUGAUGGUUCACAACUGGGAAUACCUUGGAAAGCAGUUGCAAUCAGAACAACCUCAAACAGCCACUGCACGGAGCUAAACACUUCUGUCAGUCCAUGCUUAUAACUACAGAAUGUUCGUCUUUAAAUUAAUACCAAGGAAACACUGAAAUCACAUGUUCUUUGCCUGCUGCUAGUGCAUAAACUUUCCAGCUUUCCUUCAGUGUUGUUGGCUUAGUAAAAAUUGGUUUGUUCAACUAGUUCUGAUGAUUAUGCCUGUUAGCGUCCUGUUAUAUUCUGAAUGUAUAUGAGGAAAUGUGGCUAAUAUAUUGUGUUUAUGUAUUUAUUCUCAUAAUAAAGAAUGUUAUUAAAGGA